AAAAAUGAAGUAACUUCAUUUCAGUUUCGCAGAAAAUCCCGUCGUGUUGAGACAUACAAUUUUAAUACAGUUCGAGAAGAUAUGAUAAAAACAAAGAAGUCGGGCGAGAAGUGGAAAAAUAAGGAGAAAAGCAAAUAAUUACAAAAAGAACAUUUGUAAAAAAGUGAAAUUAAGUGUAAAAAACGGAAAGUGAACUAGAAACUUGAUAAUUUUUGGAAUAGGAAUUUCCAAACCAAUUAAAAAACUGCACUUCUUCUGUCUGUCUAUAUAGAGAGUUGGCGGCUGCUCGGCAGUAGUGUUACGCUACAGUGUGAAAUUUCUGGGAGGGAAGAGCGGCGUCAGAUUUGACGGAGUCGUCGUUACAAAAUGUCGGACGGUAGCCCAGUGCGUGCGCGACAAAAUUGCUGUCGCCUCUGCUUAGCUCCGGGCAGUGAAUGCAUAUCCAUAUUGAACAGCUAUGCAGCGGAUAAGGAACCGUUGGCUACUAAAAUACAGAACUGCGUCAGCAUCAAGAUAAAUCCCGAUGAUCACCUAUCGCUGCGCAUCUGUCAUGCGUGCAUCAGUUACCUGAAUUCCUGGCAGAGCUUCAAGAAUCGUUGCAUUGCCUCGCAAAGUAAACAACGCAGUUGGUUGGAUUGCAAUAAAAGGCAACAAUUGCUCGACAACAAUGUUAGCAUAUCAACAAUUGGUGCAGAUGGCACCAAUCAACAGCAACAACAACAUUCAGAGGAUGGUGAACAGCAAGCACCGAGUUUAGCAUCAUCGAUUUUGGACGGCAUAUCAUCGUUAAAGAAACGAAAAUCGUUAACUGUUUAUCCUUUGCCAGCUGUAGAAAUCAAAGAUGAACCCCUGGAUCCGGAUGAUGAUUACAGCGCAAAACAGCAUGACGAGUCUGAUGACAUGGUUGAUCCAACACUCUUCUUGGAGCGCACCGAAGAGGAAGGCGACGAGGCUUUGAUGGAGCACAUGUCCUAUCAAUAUGAAACGCCACGCCCGCCUAUCGAGCUUGCGGUCCUUGCCGAUACCAAGGAAGCUUCUUGUCGCGCUUGCAAUCUGAAGUUCUCGACACGCGCCAAUGCGCGUCGUCAUGAACGCAACUUACAUCCAAACCUUUUCGAACUGUCCACUUCAACGCCAAAUAAUAUGCCCGUCACAAAACCGACGCCCGCGUUGGCCGCCGCCUUAGAGUUGCAACGUGCAUCGGCAGCGGCGGUAGCUGCGGCAGAAGCUUCGAAAGCCGCCUCUGGCAUUAUAACACCGCUCAAAUAUCGACAGGAAAUCGUGAAUGCAUUCAACAAAUGCGAAAUAGGUGGUUUCGACUACGAACAUCCCGAGAAGUAUCAACACCAUUUGACUGAUGAGAAAAUCGUGUUCCUACAACAGAACGACGAGUUCUUACGCCAAUACCAAAAUAUGACUUGCCGUUGCUGCAACAAAACGUAUUCGACAUACAAGAAUUUCAUGGCUCAUAUGCGCAAGAAAUAUCUGACAUUGCCGCGCAACCUUUGCUUCAACUGCCUCAAAUUGAACGACUCCAAGGCAUUGUUCAUAUCGCAUUUGAAGCGACGUAAUUGCAUCAAUCUGUAUAAGGUGUUGCAUGCGUUGAUGGCGAAGGACUCUGGCUUUGCUGCUGCAGUAACUGCGACAGCGGCGGCGGUGCCCGAGAAGUUGCGCGCUAAGGAGCUGCUUGUGAACAAAAUGUACGAAUGCAAAUUGUGUCCGAAAUGGUAUCGGCUUAAGUUGGAAUUCCGUUCGCACGUUUACGAUGAACAUGCCGACAUGCAACGCAAGGAUACCAUGCAGAAACAGUGCUGCUAUUGCGGCUUGGAGCUGGAGGACGCAGCUGAGCGUAAGCGUCAUUACAAUAAUAUGGAUUGCAUUGUCUCGUUGCGUUGUGUUACAUGCGAUUCGAAAUUCGAUAAACAUCAGAAAUUCCUCGAUCAUGUCUAUGAAAAACAUUUGGCCGGUUUUGGCGAUCAAUCUUCAGGAACGGCGCAUAAUAUCAGCGCAAUGAGCACUGAGAACUCGCCGGGCAAAAAAUCAACGGCUGGUUUGGGUGGCGCUUCCUCCACCGACGAGUCACGCAGCAGUCACCAGGCCACCUCAUCGACACAGCCAAAGUCACAGUAUUUCUCGCGUAUGCCGCAAGCUUGUCCAAUAUGUGACCAACAAUAUAACAACUACAACAAUGUGUUGCGUCAUAUGGAGUCCAAGCAUCCUGAUCAAUUGCCACAGACUUACAAGUGUGUCAAGUGCGGCAUUGGCUAUCCACGCCUGUCCAACUUGCGCGAGCAUAUGGUUAGCGCUCAUGCGGCGGACAAGGCGCGUCAUACCGGCUUCGAGUACAUAGUGAACGCGGACGCGGUGAAAAUAGCCUAUGGCACUACGCAAAAUGUCUAUACAGGACGUUAUGAUUACGUGAUGAAAGAUUUGAUGUCGAUAACGAAUGGCGGUUCAAUCGCUGAUGAUGACGAAAACUCCAGUGAGCACGCAGCCAAGAAAAUGCGCAUAGAUGGCGGUGGCGCUGUGACGACCAGCACAGGCUCUGGCUCCGGCAAUGCCAGCGGUAGUGGCAACAUGUAUAGCAGCCUCAAGGAGUGUCCCAUUUGCAAUGCGGUCUUCAGCAACAACAUAGGCCUCUCUAAUCAUAUGCGCUCGCAUAGCGCAGCUGCUCAGAACAGUAGUAUGUCAGCAGCAGCGGCAAGCACCAGCAAAUCAUCACCAAGCGGGCUGACCAUAACACCACAGCCACCCUCAAAACCAACAACCCCUCCAGCAAUGCAGCAUCAAACAGCAGUACAAAAGGCGAUCUUCAAACGUAGUCUCGAGCAGGCUGCCGAUCGCCGCUUCCGACGCAUGCGUUGUCGCCUCUGCCAACGGCGCUUCUCGUCGAAGAAAUCCUAUCGUUUCCACAUGCUGAACGAUCAUCAAAUACGCAAUGUGCAAUUUAUCAAAUGCAAAUUGUGCGAUGCAGAGUUCGCGUACGAAAAGGGCUUGAAGGUGCACAUGUUCAAGAUACACAACACGCUGCUGAAGGACGAGAUGAUCGUCAAGCAAUUUGAGUGUGAUAUUUGUUCGAUUGUGUAUCGCAGUGAGGAUCAACUGCAGCAGCACAAAAAGACUGUACAUGGCGGCGCUACAGCAGGGGCAGAGCAGAAAGCACAGCAGGGCGGUGAUGAGGCGUUGGACGAGUCAAACACAGCCGCAAAUCCCGCAGAUCGCUCGGGCAUAUCGACGCCAGUGAGCAGUGUGGGCGCAGGCGGCGGUGAUCGCAGCACGCUGGAUACCUCAACAAGCGGACCGCUGUAUUGGUAUCAAUGCAAGUAUUGUCCAUCGAACUUCAACACCAACAAGAAACUGGCAAUUCAUAUAAAUUCACAUGACGAAUUCGAUUCCAAUGACUAUUCGUGCAAAGAUUGCGGAAAUGUGUACAGCGGACGCAAGAGUUUAUGGGUGCAUCGCUACAAGAAGCAUCCACAAUUUGCGGAACCCUCAGAGUGUGUGCUCUGCAAAAAGGUCUUCUUCGAUAGUCAAAUGCUGGAGAAUCACAUACCGACUUGCAAUCGCAAACCGAUCACGGCGACUGGCGCUGUGGCCGAGAGUGCCGGCCCACCACCAAUUUACAAGCACAAGACCGGCGAUGAUGACGACGAUGAGGCAUCGCACGAUGCCAGCGGUGUGAUUACGACCAAUGCGUUGGGUGGCGGCGAGCUCGAGAUAACACCAAUACCGGCGACCGGCCUGAAAAUCAAGCUACCCGAAGUGGCGUGCACAAUAUGUGGGCAACGAUUUGUCGAUCAGGAUUUGUUCGCCAAACACAUACAAAUGCACGAACUGGAAUUGUAUACAGAUAAUCCGCUUGCGGCCAUGUUUGAUACGGGCCCAGCGGAUCCGAAUCAAUUCUACUUGGAUCGGGUGAAUGACAACGGCGAAUAUGCUUGUGAUCUCUGUAACAAAACGUUUACACAAAUGACUGCACUUAAAGUGCAUCGUAAAUGGCAUUUCAGAGGUGAUAGCAAACAGUGCCAAGCCGACGUGGAUCAUUCAACCAAAGCAGCGAGGCUAUCAUCUCAAUCUCUGAUCCAGACCAACCAUCAACAUCCACUGGGAUUACAAGCAGUGGGUCUUAUGCCCAAUCCGCAGCACCACUCUUCAAAAUCCCAGAAACGCAAACGCGAACUUAAAUGUGAAUAUUGUCCCUCCACGUUCAUUAGCAACAACAACCUGCGUCGCCACAUCUAUGAACUGCAUAAAGACGAAAUUGGAAAUCUACCUGUGCCACCGAAAAUCAAUACAGAUCCCUAUCUGCAUUGUCGUCGUUGUCAGCAAAAGUUCGAAACGAAAAGCGAUUGGAUCGAACAUAAAGUGGCCGAUGCGCGUGUAACGAAACCAUUCGGUCCAUUCCAGUGGGGCUGUGAGCUAUGUGGCGCGUACGUGUCACGCAAGGAGAAGCUGAUAAAUCACAUAAACAAUCACUUGAAGGAGAAGGAAAUAGUACCGGUGCAAGAUCAACAGCCGGCGCAUGAUCAGAAUCAGAAUCGUGCGAAGUCGACGGUGGUGGCGGCGGCGGCGGCGUCGGGAAAAAAUGUUGACGACAUGAUGGACGAGGUGGUGGUGAAGCGAGAACGGGAUGAUGAUAAGGAAGAGUCAAAUGAUGGUAUUAAGGAGGAGGAGGAGUCCGAAGAGGAGGAUGGUGUGGUCGAUGAUGAAGCAGAUGAGGAGGGUGAAGAAGAGCAGAAAGCGCGUGAAAGAGGGGAGACUGGCAGACGCGGUGCCGAAUUAGAUGAUGAAGUCGAUGAGGAUGGUUCAGAGGACGAGUUAGAUGAGGAAUAUGAAGAUAUGGGUGAAAUGAUGCAGGUUGCAAUGACCGAGCAUGCCAAUCACGAUGAAGCGGAGCAGGAUGAAGAUGACGGCGAUGCCGAUGAUGGUGAGGAAGAUGCAGACGCAGACGCCGACGAAGCAGACGACGUCGAUGACGUUGAUGUCCAUAAUGAUGAUUCGAAUGAUGUUACGGCGCCAAAUGGUGGUGGUGCUUAUGGGCGCGGACCGCCGGUAGCGUCGCAAGUCACAAUUGAAGCUAUACGCAAUUCAACGGACACCACAGGCGACUCAUCGCCGUCAUACGACGAAGACGAUGACGACGACAACGACUCGGAUGCCGAUAGCGAUGCAGACAGCGGUGACAGUUCUUCGCAAGCAUCCAAAACACCAGCACCAGCGCCGAAAGUGCGCUUUUCAUGCGAUCUGUGUCGUCUGUUCUUCGAUUCGCAACAGGAACUGCAGAAGCAUGUGAAGAUGCAUUUUCUCAACGGGCCCGGCUCGGUGUCAUUGACCGAAAUCAAGCCAAAGGCAGGCAACAAAUCGAGUCGCAGCAGCAGCAGUGAUGUCGUGGCGGUGUAGUCGUAAUGGAUAGCUGCUGCAGGUUAUUUGUUUUUUGUUUUCUCUUGUAUGUUUUCAAAUAUUAAAAAUAUCUUUGUUUUUUGUGUUUAGUCAGUUAGUUUAUUCUGAAUCGUAAUUGAAAUCUUGUAUGAUACAACAUAAGAUACUUACUGCCUAAUUUAUUUACUUUAGUUUUUCUGCCAAAACAAAAGGUUUGGUUAUUUGUGAAAUAUGAAAAUGAAAAAAUCAAAACAAAAAAAAAACGCAAAAAUGAACGCAAACUUUUAUAUGAACUGGAACCAUUAUCAACAAUAAACUAAAACAAAUGUAUGUAGUAAAAUAAAAUAAAUAUAUCUGUAAAUUAUAUGAGAAAUAUAAUUUGGUCUCGCUUGGAGAAUUUUCGCAUGAAUAAUGAAUUCGUUGGUGAGACUCAUAAUUAUUGCGGGGCAAAACUACAAAUAACACUAAUUGAAUACCAUUACAUAUGUACAUACAUAUAAACAUGAAUAACUGUACGCUGUGGAGCUAAACGUAUUCGUAAACAUUACCAAUAAUUCAGGAAACAAUUUUUAAUUUUUAUUUAUUUUUAACGUAAAUGCGCGUAUGAUUUAACAGUAACUGUAUUUAUUGAUUCCUCUCUUUUGUUCACUUUUGUUCAAUAAAAUUCGCAUUAAAAUAAAUAAACAUAGAAUUAGAAGCGCUCUAAAAAUACAAACUAGUUAAUAAGGCUUCAACUGUAAACAUGAAUUCACGCAAAACUAAAUUCAAUAAAAUUUAAAAAUAUAUGAAAAAACCAUUUA